GUGCUUCUUCCCUCUCUCGCAACAACCCAGCUCAAGAAACCAACACCGACGAAGGGAACAACUAUGCAGCUGAUCUCCCUGGUGACCGUGGCAUUGUCUUGCUGCUCGGCUUCCGGGUUUGUGUUAGCGCCUUCGAACGUUCGCAGAGCCGGCAGCAGCGCGUGGAGAGUGUCUUCCUCGCUGCCGACGUCGGCGGUGCGGUCAUCGGCGAACGCCGGCAGAGGUUCGGUGCUCAGCAUGGCCUCCCAGGACGAGCUCAAGAAGCAGGUGGGGUACAAGUCGGUGGACGACUACGUGACGAGCGGGAUGGUGGUCGGCCUGGGCACGGGCUCCACCGCCGCCUUCGCCGUGGAGCGACUUGGGGAGCUGCUUAAGAGCGGCGAGCUGAAGGACAUUGUGGCCAUCCCCACGUCCAUCCGCACCAAGGAGCAGGCGGAGUCCCUGGACAUCCCGCUCGUGACGCUCGACACCCACUCCGUACUUGACGUGGCCAUCGACGGCGCCGACGAAGUGGACCCUGACCUGAACCUCGUCAAGGGCCGCGGCGGAGCCCUCUUGAGGGAGAAGAUGGUGGAGGUCUGCGCGAAGAAGUUCAUCGUUAUCGUCGACGACUCCAAGUUCGUGCCCGGUCUCGGCAUCUCUGGGGCGAUGCCGGUGGAGGUCACCCCGUUCUGCUGGGAGCACACCCUCAACACCGUCAAGAACUUGCCCAGCAUCAAGGGUUGCGACGCCAAGCUGCGCGAAGAGGACGGCAAGCCGUACGUGACGGACAACGACAACUACAUCGUCGACCUGUACUUCACCGACCCCAUCAAGGACGCCAACCAGGCGGGCAAGGAGAUGCUGGAGACCGUGGGCGUGGUCGAGCACGGGCUGUUCCUGGACAUGUCCUUCGCGGUCAUCUCGGCAGGCACCGACGGCAUCACUGUCAAGACGAAAUAAACGAUCGAUUUACACGCUCGUAUGCAUAUAUGGACGCACGCGUGUUGUUGUUCCAAAACCUGUCAUGUUAGUCUCUAGAGAGGGAGGCUCAGCUUCAGUGUGAAUUGAAGAACUUUAGGCCUGCUGGUCUCAGCACCGUGGUGUCAACUCCAAAUAGGGACGUGCGACCAGCGUCUUGUAGUUGUCGUUACGUUUGUGUGUGGUUUCAGCGCCACCGGCGAACGCCGUUAUUCAGAUAGAACGAAAUAGUUUCAUCAAGUCUGCCACUGGCAGAAAGACCGUGUGCCAAGGGGUGUUCUCGGAGUAUUUAGAACGUCUUUUCCGAAGAAGCUCUGUCGCACUGCUGUUGUUGGUGCUCGUUGUGUGUUGUCCGGGCACACGCGGCAGGCACAGUAGUACGACAACACAUCAUCAAUGAUUUUUCGAUGAUGUUACAAAACGUGAGCCCGUGUGCUUUUUCCGUCACGUAAAGAAAGUCACGUAGAGAAAAUUCCGCGUACAGAAUCGCUCGCUGUGAAUUAGACGGGCUGUCUGUGAUGAUGUAGUCUU